AUGGUUAGGUUAAUUUUCCAUUGUUUCGUCCGAGAACAGUCCAUGAUAACUAUUGUUGAAGACAGCGAAAUAUCAAAAGAUGCUGUUAUAAAGCUGUUUAAAAAGCUGAGAGCUUUAAUAAGUGAACAUGAGAUUGAAAAUUAUUUUACUGAUAAUCAGCUUGGAAUAGAAGAUGAAGAUGGCAAGAUCAUCCAACUGUAG